CACCAGUUUAGAAGAAAGUGUGUGUUUGCGCAAUAUUAGCCCAGAAGAUGGGUACAGUGUGGAUUUUUCUACUCUGCCUGGUGUCUGCGAUAAAUGGAAGUGCAGUUACUAAGCCUUCUGGUGUUGCACAGUUUUGGAUGGAUGACAUGAAAGUGCUUGAUCAACUGUAUGGAAGAACAUCAGACAAAGAAAUAUAUGGAGAAACGCUACCUUUAAACUUUAAUUAUGGCAUCGAUCUCUCUAAAAACCUCAAGGCUGCAGCUUCUCACAAGAAAGAACGAAUAGUUACUGACAGCAAUGAAGAAAUCGAAUCUGAUGAAACAUAUCCCUCAUAUUCAAAUGGCAAUCGUUAUGCCAACCAGUUUAUUAAACUUAAAAAUGAUAAAGCAAAGAAAACUCGACUACAUUUCUUAGGUUUACAAAACUUCAAGCCUAUCAGCCAAGCUAGUGAUCCGGAAACGUAUAGUUAUCUGAAGCAUUUAGAAGAGUCAGAUCAACAAAAUCUUGAUUCUGUUGAAAGUCAGACUGGAUUCAAGCCCUACGCUGGAAAUUUAGAAGAAGAAGAAGCAUAUAAAAGCAUUCAAGAUAUUUUAGAAGCACACGAAGCCAACAAAGGACGAAAGAAGGAGAAAUUAAAAGAUUAUUCAGAUAAAUAUAUAAGAUACGGAACAGCUAAAGAGGAUGAUGACGAUAGCGGCAAAUAUUAUCGGUAUGCCGCUAAAGCUCCUACCAAGAAUGUUAAAUACCUUAAUAACAAUAGAAUUAAUUCAAGAUGUCGUUCGGGAAGAUGUAGGAAGAGGUAUAACGGUGCACAUAGAAUAAGUACGAGACCUUACAUUCGUAAAAUAAAACAUUACAGAUAUUCAUAAUGAACAAAGUAAAUGUUAUCCUACGCUUCCCACAAACAAUGGAUUGCAAAUUUUGUUACUGAUAGAUAUAACGUUUGUUACCAUUGAAUUGUUGUUUAUUUAAAUAGAUAUGAUGUAAUGUAGUAUGUAUGAUAGGCCUAGAGUAAGACUUAGACAAGGUUUAAGAGAUAAUUGUAAUAUUUUGCUUCCAAUUGUUAUUGAAAAGUGAGUGUUUUUCUUUUGUAAAGCUAAAAUUCAAUUGAAAAUCAAGACAGUACAUUGUCUGCAUAGUAAGAAGUUCAAAGUAAUCAAUGGGUGCAAUAAACUUAGCCAUAAGAUUAAUUAG